UUUCGAGUUCUCGCAUGUUGGCAGCAUUGCGCUGUCAUAACGACUCUCAUGAGGGCGUCGCUAGAAAAAUCAUUUCAAUUAUAUUCGAAUGGUAUUGUUUUUGUUUAAGAAUGUGUAAAAAUGCAGAGACAGCGUUGCAAAGUCGAUUCAAAGUGUUUUUGUUACGUUUGCGGAUGUUAUAUGCUCGGGAAAAGCGGCAAAAUAAUGACAAAUACGCUCAGAGAUGCGUAUUUGCAUUACUUUGGUUUCUCUGUAGCAAACAUUAACAAGCCGUGGGUGCCGAAAUGUUUUUGUAACGCGUGCAGAACAAAGCUGUACAAGUGGUCAUUCGGUGAAAAUGUGUACUUUUCAUUUUCAUUGCCAAUGCUAUGGAGAGAACCAAAAAUCAUGUAGAUGAUUGCUACUUUUGCUUGAUGAAUGUCGUCGGUAUAAAUGCAAAAAACUAGCACAGUAUAAAUAUCCUGACAUAUCAUCAGUAUCUAAGCCAGUUCCACGUACGAGCAAUGAUCCAUUGCCAGUUUGUCCAGGUAUAAGUGCAAAUGCCCAGGCAACUUCGACUUCAUCGCCGUCGAGCAGUGGAAGCGAUUUUGUCAUGGAAGAAAAGCAUUUAAUUUCGCAAAGUGAACUCAGUGAUUUGAUUCGUGAUUUGAAUUUAUCGAAACAAAAAGCAGAGUUGCUUGCAUCACGGUUGCAGGAGUGGAAAUAUCUUGACACUCGAACAAAAGUCACUGUAUAUAGAAACAGAAAUCAGGCGCUUCUACCGUUUUUCAAAAAAGAAGAGAUCAUGUGUUUCUGCGAUGACAUCAACGGAUUUGAUGUGAUGAAUACACCGUAUGAUCGAAAUGAAUGGCGUUUGUUCAUCGAUGGUUCGAAAUACAGCCUGAAGGCUGCUCUGCUACACAAUGGAAAUUAAAAACCAUCUAUUCCGAUUGCUCAUGCAGUACAAACGAAGGAAUGCUACGACACAAUCCACAAAAGAUCUUGGCCAAGAUAAAAUAUAAUGAGCAUCAAUGGAAAAUUUGUGGCGAUCUAAAGGUGAUUGGUCUCUUGAUUGAGAUGCAAUCUGGAUUCACCAAAUUUUGCUGCUUUUUGUGCCUGUGGGAUAGCCGUGCAAUUGACCAUCAUUAUGUGAAAAAGGAUUGGCCAAGUCGUAGUAAUUAUGAGCCAGGAAAACAAAACGUCUCCUCUGCACCACUUGUGAACCCACAGGAUAUUUUCUUGCAACCUCUUCACAUCAAACUUGGCCGUAUCAAGAACUUCGUCAAAGCGCUCAACCAUGAGGGACGGGCUUUUCAGUAUUUAAUCAAGUUGUUUCCCAAAUUGUCCUACGCAAAAAUCAAAGAAGGAAUAUUUCUCGGACCUGAUAUUCGAAAAUUAAUGGCCGAUGAGAACUUUACAAAAUGUUUAACGCCCGAUGAAGCGGCAGCAUGGCAUCAUUUCAAAGUGUUGUUCACACUUUCUCGGUAACCGCAAAUCCCCGGAUUUUAAGCAAAUAAUCCGCAAUUUGUUGCAAAAUUACCGCAAGAUUGGAGCUCGAAUGUCUCUCAAAAUUCAUUUCCUGCAUUCACAUCUCGAUUUUUUCCCUGAAAACUUUGGCGAUACGAGCGACGAGCAAGGAGAGCGGCUACACCAAGAUAUGGCGAAAAUCGAAAGACGAUA